AUGUUACACGCUGCGUUUGGCAUCCGACGUGCUCUGAGAGUGAGUGGCAACAACAGACACGGGCAACUGCUGGCUCGCAAUGCACUGCACUUGGAGGUGAACCCGAGACUAUCAGCGAAAAAUGGCAAUGCAGGAACUGCCACCCGAAUUUGUGCACAUCACUGGCGCCACGCGGCAGGAGAGGAGAGCGCUAGCAACAAACUAGCAGUGGUCGCAGCUGUAGCUGCCAUCACAGCUCUUGCAACUAGGAAUACGAUGUGUGAAAUGCUAGAAGAUGCGAGUUCAGACGACGACUCGGUAGUCCGACGAGGCAACUGCAACUUGUGUGCCAGCCACGGCAAUAGCGACAAUAUGUCGGUCUACUUCGACGCCGAGUACGAACCGAAGAAGUUGCUUGGCUGUGGCACUUUUGGCGUUGUGAUGCAGUGCGUUCACAAGCAAACUGGACGCGUGGCAGCAGUGAAGAUGGUGCAGGAGAUUGCAGGGAACCGAGAGGAGGUGGAGCGCGAAAAAACGGCGCUAGAGCGUCUGGAACGUGCUGGUGGUCACGCAAGUGUCGUGGGCUACGAAGGGUCCUACUUCCAUAACGAUUUCCAUUAUAUUGUGCUGGAAUACGUGUCUGGCACCUCGCUCCAUUCGUUUAUGGAGAGACAUCGCACACUAAAUGCUACAUGGUCACUGCAACUCGUGGCUCAGUUGGCCAGUGCACUACUGUUCAUGCAUCAACAGGAUAUUAUCCACCGCGAUCUCAAGCCUGAAAACAUUAUGACACUCGUCAACGAUAACGGUACACGUCGUGGCAAGCCAAAUGAACACGUCACACUCAAAAUUAUUGACUUUGGGUGUGCUGGACGGGCAUCGCAGCCGGAAUCUGCGGACAAGGCGCGCACGACUCUGUCGGGGACUCGUUGCUAUUGGCCUCCAGAGGUCCUUCAGCGUCAUGACAUGACGACCGCCAUGGAUAUGUGGGCGCUCGGGUGCAUCCUGUACAUCCUCAUUUCAGGCCGCCACCCGUUCGACCUCACGGGCUGCUCUGCCGAAGACGAAAUUAUUCGACGUAUUAAGGACGAAUCGGUGUCUUUCCUAUUGCCUGUGUGGCAUGACGUCCCUGCAGAGACCAAGGAAUUGAUCCGCGGACUGCUCGUAAAGAACCCACGUCGUAGACUGUCGGCAGACCAAGUGUUGGCGCACCCAGCCAUUGCUGCGGCAGCUAAGGAGUUGUAG